AUGGCAACUGUCAGUGCAACCUCGACGAUUCAGUCGGGAGCGCAACAAACUCCCUGUCAAGAUGCCCAGGCCUCAUGUUCACCUUGUGAUAAGGAGAAUGUAGGCUGGAGGAAGAUUGUCAGAAACUUCACCCCCUCAUGGUUUGCGGUUACAAUGGGAACUGGCAUAGUCUCAGUUCUCCUUCACAACCUGCCUUACAAUGCAACAUGGAUCUCACACGGUCUUGCCGUUACAUUCUUCGUACUCAACAUCGCUCUGUUUACCGUAUUCACCGUCAUCACAGUGCUACGGUACGCAUUGUACCCUGAAAUAUGGAAGGCCAUGGUUAUACACCCUGCCCAGUCCAUGUUCCUUGGCUGUUUCCCCAUGGGAUUUGCGACCAUCAUCAACAUGAUGGUAUUCGUGUUGGGUGGUAAUUGGGCAUGGGCAUUUUGGUGGCUUGAUGCCGCUCUGUCAAUCGCAACUUGCAUCUCAGUGCCCUUUGUCAUGAUACAUCAGCACCGUCCGGGACUUCAGGCAGUAACAGCCGCAAGUCUCCUUCCCAUCGUCCCUGUCGUAGUGGCAUCUUCAACGGGCGGCAUCGUCGCCGAGGCCCUCUCAAACCCAUCUCACGCCUUUACAACCUUGAUCGCGUCCUACGUGCUCUGGGGCAUCGGAAUCUGCUUCUCCGGCAUGGUCCUCGCGCUGUACUUCCACCGCCUGACGAUCCACAGCCUCCCACCCAAGGAGGCCAUCGUCUCCGUAUUUCUGCCCAUCGGACCCUUGGGCCAAGGCGGCUUCGGCAUUCAGCAGCUAGGAAAGGUCUCUCUCAAGCUCUUCCCUCAGACUACGGCUUUGACCGCGGCGGCUCCAGGGGCGGUGCACGGCGGGGAGAUUCUCUACUUUGUUGGACUCUUCCUGGCGCUCAUCAUGUGGGGCUUCGCUCUCGUCUGGUUGUCUUUUGCUCUCAUCAGCCUUGCCACGAUGGAGAAGAUCCCGUUCAACAUGGGUUGGUGGGGUUUCACUUUUCCGCUGGGUGUGUUGGCGACCUGCACCGGCAUGCUGGCCCAGGACUUGGACAGCCCUUUUUUCAGAGUUAUGACCAUGAUCUUCUCACUUUCUGUAUGCUUCCUCUGGCUGCUAGUCGCUGUUAGAACGCUUCACCAGGCCAUUUCUGGUGAGAUUUUCUUUGCGCCGUGCCUCAAGGAUAUUCGGGACAAGCAAGCGCAGGCAGGAUCGGACCGAAGGGUUUGA